AAUUGUCAGAUUUUAUGCAAGGCAAGCACUGCAAAUUGUAAAUUAUUUUUAUUCGUGCGUCUGUGAAAUCUUUUUACAAAUUUAAACAAAAUAUUUAUUCAUAUUAAAUAUAACAAUAUGGCUGACUCUCCAAGUGAACCAAGAGCAAAACGGCAACGCGUGGACAAAGAAGGGCGCUUCGCUGCGCUGGAACGGCUAAGGAACCUGAAAGGCAGCAAGCAUAAGUAUGAAGUUAAAGAGGAAGUGGACGAUGUGUACGAAGUGGUGGAUGAGCGUGAAUAUGCGAAGCGAGCGAGGGAAAAAUACGGAAAUGAUUGGAUUGAGGAUGAUGGUACUGGCUAUGCCGAGGACGGACGCGACUUCUUCGAGGACGAAGACGAAUACUCUGAGGAAGAAAUUGAUGAUAAAAAGGACAAAAAUAAGAAAAACAGUAAGAAACGUCCACGCGAAGGCGAUAAACCAGUGAAGGGGAAAAGUUCCAUACGCAACCUGUUCAGUAACGCCGUUCCCAAGAAAACCAAAGUAACUUCGUUGGCGGAAGAUAACAUAUUGGCAGAUAUUUUAGGUGAAAUGCAUGGAAAUCCCAAGAGUUCUACUUCGAAUGGCAUUAAGAAUGCUUCAGAGACUGAAGUGAAAUCAACAGGUGUUAUAGCGCCUGCCAGGAUUGUAAGUAAAUCUACUAGAAAAUCAGAUGCCGCGCUUGCCAAAGAGUAUAUGAAUAGUUUCAUAAAUAAUAUUAAAAUGUCUGAACCAGUAAAAAAGCCCGAGGAAGCCAGUGAUGAUGAAUUAUUAGACCGUAUUCUCAAACCGAAACAAACAGUAGCGAAUAAAAAGUCUGUAGAAAAACCGAAAGUCAAGGACGAAAAAGCAGAGGCUGCAAACCAAUCAGAAGUACAAGUGGCGAGUAAAAAGUCGGUAGGAAAACCUAGAUGCACGGACGAAAAAACAACGGCUACCGAACAGUCAGAAAAGCCAGUGGCAUUUAAGAAGGCAAGUGUGGUGGUGACUGCAGAGAAGCCAGUAGAGCACAAGAAACCCGAAAAAAACGUAGAGAAGACCGCACCUUUAAAAGAAACAAAAACGGCUGAAGCUGAUUUUCCUGACGAUGAUAUGGAUUUCAGUUGUUUGCAGAGCGAAGAAAAUCGAUUUGAUAAAGUUGAAAGCGUAUCGAAAAAAAAUGCAGUUAAAAAACUAACUUUAGCCCCAGCUAAAGAUGCUGACGACUUGCAGAACUUAUUAAGUAACUGGGAGCAAAUAUGUCAAAUGGACAAUUUUGAAGCAGAAAGUGCAAAAAGCGAAAGCAAUGCAUCGAUGGGUUCGAGUGCGCCAGACACCUUAAAAUUCUGGUAUUGGGAAGCUUGGGAAGAUCCGAAUAAAUGUCCGGGUGAAGUUUUUCUUUUUGGACGCACCGCAGAAAAUAAGUCGAUUUGUGUGCGUGUGGAGAAGAUCGAUCGCAUUCUGUAUCUGCUGCCAAGAAAAUAUUUGCUAGAUCCAAUUACGAAAGAACAAACUGGUAAACUUGUCCAACUGAGCGAUCUUUAUAAAGAGUUUGAUGAUGACAUCUCCGUCGAGCUAAAAUUGGAUGGUUUUCGCUCACGUAAAGUUACUAAGAACUUUGGUAACCAUUCAAUCGGCAUAGAUGUACCACAAGUUUGUGAUUACAUGGAGAUACAUUACGACGGCAAGAAGCCUCCACCAAAUUUAAAGAAAAAAUACAACUCGAUUGCACACAUAUUCGGCGCUAACACUACUGCAAUGGAGCGCUUCUUGCUCGACAGAAAAAUAAAGGGUCCUUGCUGGUUGACAUUGAAUCAAUUCCGUGCGAACCCAGCACCUAUAAGCUGGUGUAACACUGAUGUUAGCGUCAGCGAGCCCAAGGGCGUCACACUUUCCGAAGAUCCAAAACCACAACCACCACCACCACUUACGCUCCUCACGCUAAAUGUACGCACUGCACUCAAUCCUAAAACUUUGAAAAAUGAGAUUUGCAUGAUUUCCAUGUUAGUGCAUAACCGAUUUCACAUCGAUCGACCUGCACCGCAGCCGGCUUUUAACAGAAGCAUGUGCGGCUUUACACGUCCCGUGAUGGCCGCAUGGCCCUACGACCUCAAAGCAAAGUUGGCACAAUUCAAGGCAAUCAAUGUGGCAAAGCACGACAACGAGCGCGCACUGCUAAUGUGGUUCCUGGCCAUGUACCAGCAAAUUGAUGCCGAUUUGAUUGUAACAUUCGAUGCUAUCGAUUGUCAAUUGGACGUGAUAACCGAUCGCAUCGCAACACUCAAAGUGGGGCAAUGGUCGCGUUUGGGUCGUGUGCGCUUGUCUGCGUACACUAGUGGACGCAAAUGGCUCGAGCACUUUGCCGGUCGGAUGGUAUGCGAUGUGAAAAGAACAGCAUCUGAGGAGAAAAUCAAGGCGCGUUCAUAUGAUUUGCAAACGCUGUGCCAAGCAGUUUUGGAAAUUAAGGAAAACGAACGAAUGGAUGUGAACGAUGAAGAUUUAUUGCAAAUGUUUGAAACGGGCGACGGUGUGCUGAAACUGGUAACACUGACUAUGCAGGACGCUGCUUAUGUACUUCGCAUGAUGUAUAAACUGGAUCUGUUGCCUUUGGCACUACAAAUCACCAAUAUUUGCGGCAACACCAUGACACGCACGCUGCAACAUGGACGUUCCGAACGCAUUGAGUUCUUGUUGCUACACGCCUUCACUGAUAAGAACUACAUAGUACCUGAUAAAAAGAAGCGUGAAUGGAGCGAUAAUAACAACACAAUCAUUGAUGGUGAGGUGAAUGAUACGACCGCCGCGGCCGCAAGUAGCGGACGAAAAAAAGCAGCUUACGCUGGCGGCAUGGUAUUGGAUCCUAUAGCAGGCCUCUAUGAUAAAUACAUUCUACUGAUGGACUUCAAUUCCCUGUAUCCCAGUAUAAUACAGGAGUAUAACAUUUGUUUCACCACAGUGCAACAGCCUUACAACGCUGAGGAUUUGCCACAAUUACCUGACCCCAGUGUAGAGCUUGGUAUACUACCCCAGCAGUUGCGUCGCUUGGUGCAGUCGCGUCGCGAGGUGAAGAAGCUGAUGGCCAAACCAGAUAUGCCACCAGAGCAGCUCAAACAGUACGAUAUUCGUCAGUGGGCGCUCAAGAUUACUGCGAAUGCGAUGUAUGGAUGUUUGGGUGCGGGGCAUUCGCGCUUUGCCGCACAGCAUUUAGCUGCGCUAGUAACGCACAAGGGCCGUGAGAUACUGUUGAAUACAAAGAGCUUGGUACAAAAGAUGAACUACGAAGUGGUGUACGGUGAUACCGAUUCCAUAAUGGUGAAUACAAACAUACUGGACUACGAUCAAGUGUUCACAAUUGGCAGUAGUAUCAAGCAGAGCGUUAACAAAAUGUACAAGCAAGUCGAAUUGGGCAUCGAUGGCGUCUUUAGUUGUUUGUUGUUGUUAAAAAAGAAGAAGUAUGCCGCUGUGAAAGUGGACAAAAACCCGAAAACUGGUGCACUGGUUAAAGUGCAGGAGCAAAAAGGUCUUGAUAUUGUACGCCGCGAUUGGUCGCAGCUCGCAAUUAUGGUUGGGCGUAUUGUGCUCGAUGAAAUCCUCUCAGAGAAACAACUCGACGAAAAAUUAGAUGCAGUGCAUUCACAUCUCGAAAAGAUACGAGGACAAGUCGAAUCAGGGGCUGUGCCUUUGCCGAUGUACACUAUAACAAAGCAGCUUUCCAAAGCGCCAACAGAAUUCAAUAAUGCUAUCUCACAGCCCCAUGUGCAAGUAGCGCUGCGCAUGAACUCAACACGCAAUCGUCGCUAUAAAAAAGGAGACAUGGUGGACUAUGUUAUAUGUUUAGAUGGCACAAAUAAUCCGGCCACACAACGCGGUUAUCACUUGGAUGAGGUAAAGUCCAGCGAGACGCUAAAAUUGGACACACAAUAUUAUCUGGCACACCAGAUACAUCCGGUGGUGACGCGCAUGGUGGAUGUGUUGGAGGGCACAGAUGCAAGUCGUGUGGCCGAGUCAUUGGGUUUGGAUCCGAGCAAAUUUAGAGCCGCUGCACAAAGAUCCCAUCAAGAACGCACCGAAGAUACAACUGGUGAAUCGCUUGUAAAGACUACCUUGCAAAAAUAUCGUGAAUGCGAUAAGUUUAAAUUUGUAUGCAUUGCCUGUAAAGCUGAGAAUAUCGUCGCAACCGCUUUUCGCCCGAAUGCAUCAAAUUCAUACGACGCAGUGCUACAAAAAUGCGCUAACAGUGAUUGCAGCACUGCCCCUUAUCAGUACAUAGUAGCCAUACGUAAUCGCUUAUUGCUCAGUAUACGCUCAUACAUUAAACGCUUUUAUCAAAACUGGCUCGUCUGUGAUGAUCCAUCAUGUAAUCAGAAUACACGUUUCUAUACGCAUGUGACGACGGGAAAUCGACCCAUAUGUCCAUUCUGCAAAACUGGUUCGUUAGUUCGUCAAUACUCUGAAAGGAAUUUGUACCAGCAGCUCAGCUACUUUCAGUAUAUGUUCGAUUUGAGCAAAUAUCAACAUAAACACGUGCCACUCACACCAGAAACAGAGGCUGCCUACCAAAUGCUCGUCGACACGGUGAAUCAGCAACUUGAAAAAUCGGCCUUCUGUACAAUAUCCCUGGGGAAAUUAUUCAGCAGUUUCAAGCCGCUUGAACAGAGUGACGAAAUUUCGCAUAAGAAAAUCGAGUUUUCACAAAUGGAAAUGCAAGUGGCCACUAGCCUUGACGACAAUUAAGUUUUUAACAAUAUUUUAUUAGUGGGCUAGUGUUGACCUAAGAAACGAGAGUUUUAAAUUUUUUCUUAAAUAAUUACUGUAUAAAAUAUUUGUAAGAGAAAGUAUUUUAACCCCAAUACUUGCUUUGCUAGAAACAAAGAACAAAACACUUUUUUCUAAACAUGUAUUUUUUUUUAUCUUUUUCCUAAACCUAAAUUAAGUGUUGUAUCAAACAUAAACACUUACAUACAUACAUUUUUUAAUCAUGUAAAUCAACUAGCACACUAAAAGUAAGCCAACGAAACAAUAGAUCGUUUAAUACAAUAUGUAACAACAAUUCUGAUAACAAAUAUUUUAGGCACACAAACACACGUGGCA